AUGAAUGCCAACCUCUCAGAGCGUUUUCGAGGCUCAAGAUAUCAAAAUGCCUACAGUUCCGCCAAUCCGAACAUAUGCAAUGGGUUGGAACUCAAUUUGUCACUCGACAUUCGAAAUUACUUUCUCAAACAAAAGGAAAUCAAAGAAUCAUCUAGAAAGGAAAAUUGGCUUGCUAUACCUGAGAUUCCAACAUUUGAAGAACUAUUGGUUGGUGAGAUGAGCGUCGCCGUACCUCCAAACAAGAUUGAUGGUCCUUACAAGAGCAAAGAUAGAUAUCUGAAAACGCAAUACACUCUACUGCGUGAAGAUGCUGUUGGCUCUCUACGAGACGCAAUUCUCGACUUUCAAAAGGACCCCACGACCAUGGAUACAUUCAAAUUUUCGGUCUAUGAUCAGGUUCAUAUUUCUGGCUUCACAUUCUCGAGGAGAGGGCUUGCAGCCAGAAUCAAGUUUUGUACCAAUCGGGCAGGCAAAAAGAUAUCUUGGAUGACCACAAAACGACUCACAUCCGGCUCCAUUGUUGCCCUAAUCAGAAAAAAAGACAAAAUGGUAGACUUCAGCGGCGUGAUAACUGCGAUUGUAGCAGCAAGGCCUCUUGCAGGUGUCCUCUGCGAACCCCCCGAAAUCGACAUCUACUUCGGGCGUCCAGAGGACAUACAGGUUGAUCCACAGGAAGAGUGGAUUAUGAUAGAGGCCAAGCAAGGCUACUUUGAGGCAUACCGGCACACACUCCAAGCUUUACAGAAGCUUCACCAAGAAAAGUAUUUACACCUCCUCAGCUCUACCCACCCCUUGCUAACAUGUAGAUCAAGAUUCCCACUGUCUGACACUAUUUGCCACUUGUCGCCUGCAAGCGAACCUCCCAACUACAUCCAGCAGCGUCCUGUCCUGGACUUCAGCGCCGCUGCUGAACCUAACCAAAAGUCAGUUUAUUCCAAGGUGGACGUCACAGGAACAUGGCCACCAGCACCGAGUAACAUGCUCGAUGAAUCUCAGUGGCAAGCCUUCCGAGAGAUGUUUACAAAGAAUCUCUCAAUCAUCCAAGGACCUCCCGGCACCGGGAAAACCCAUAUCUCCAAAGUUGCAAUUCAGGCGCUGCAGGAAAAUCGACUUGCAGGAGACCCUCCACUGAUUAUUGCAGCUCAAACAAAUCAUGCCUUGGACCAAUUGCUAGGACACAUCUCAAAGUUUGACCCCAACUAUGUUCGACUUGGCGGCAGAAGCACCAAUCCUGAAGUCAAAAAGCGCGCUCUCUUCGAAAUCCGGCAAAAUGAAAGAAUCAAGCAAGUACCGGGCGGCAUGUUCGGAAGAACUAAUAGCUUACUCGACAAGCAAGCCAAAACGUUGAUCAACAUUCUAGAACCCUUCACGAAACCUGGUUCUGACCCAUUCUCGACGGACGUGACCCAGAGCACUACGGUUCUUCUGCAAUUAGGUGUUUUAAAUACCCAGCAAGCGAAAUCUCUCGAGGAUGGCGCUUCCCAGUGGGUCUCAACAACAACUCCUAUGGGCCACGGACCUUUCCAGUUAUGGCUAGAUACGGCAUUGACUCAUUUCGAGUUCAAGUACACAGAUGACAAUUUCGGCUUUCCGGAAGUCGAAGACGAGGAUUUAGAAUUUGAACAGCUAAGGGAGACUGAGGACUCCACAGGCGUUAAUGAUGAGGAAGACAUCGAGAUGUUAAAAGGUCCUUGGGCAGGUAUCCGUGACAAAGUCACGGUUCAGCCAGCUACUCCAAGCGACAUUCUACGAGCCGAGAAGCUACUCGCCACCAGCAAUGACCUCUGGAAGAUCCCGCCACACCUUCGAGGACCAAUGUACCUGGUCAUACGAUCAAGAGCCCUCGUAGCUAUUGCAAAUAAGUUCCGCAAAGCUGCAGCAGAAUACGACAAACUCGUCAAGGAUAUUUUGGUUGGUAAAUGGGAACAGGACUAUGUUUACCUCAAACGAGCUCGAAUUAUCGGUAUGACAACAACAGGUCUAAGCAAGUAUCGCGCACUUAUUGCUGCUCUAAAGCCUCGAACUAUACUGAUCGAAGAGGCUGCCGAGAUUUUAGAAGCCCCAGUCACUGUGGCAUGCGUUGAGUCACUCGAGCAUCUCAUCUUGGUUGGGGAUCAUCAACAGCUACGAGGACAUUGUUCCUUACAUGAACUGGAAAAUGAACCAUUCUAUCUCAAUGUGUCCCUGUUUGAACGGCUUGUACGAAACGAGAUGCCAUAUCGAACACUGCUUUCUCAACGUCGAAUGGAACCUGAGUUCCGACGACUCCUGUCAAGUGUUUACCCAGCACUUGUGGAUCAUUCUUCGGUGAUCACCCGUGCAAAUUCCAUGAACGCGUGGGGAAUGGGGACCGUUAAGUCCUUCUUCUUUACCCAUCAAUGGUCUGAAUAUAAGGAUGAUUCAUUAUCAACCUACAACGAGGAGGAGGCAAAGUUCGUUGCCGGAUUCUAUCGACACCUGCACAAGAAUGGCAUUGAGCCUCGACGAAUCACCAUCCUAACAUUCUAUAACGGUCAACGGAAGCGAAUCUUGAAGGAAAUCAAGAAUUUGACUGAUAUCACAGGACCUGGCACUUACCACAAUGUCAAGACAAUCGACUCCUAUCAAGGCGAAGAGAACGAUAUUGUACUUCUCUCGACGGUUCGAAGUAGGGAAGACAGAAAAAUCGGCUUCCUUGCUAAUGACAACCGUGUAACGGUAGCACUAUCUAGAGCGAAACUUGGCUUCUAUCUUUUCGGUAAUGCCAAAUCUCUCAGCAUGGGUAGUACACUAUGGAUGAAUGUUGUCAAUACCAUGAGCGCCAAUCCACGACGGAUAUACCACCAGCUCCCCAUUAGGUGUCAAAGACAUCAAACUACCGUCCUGGUCCAAUAUCCAGAGUAUUUCCAUGUUACUGAGGGAGGCUGCGACCAGCCAUGUGCCAAGGCGCAGAAACAAAGCCAGAUAGGUUGGAGCAGAUUUGCCAAUGGUGGAGUCAAGGUCGAUGAUCAGCGUCGAGCGCACUCAGCAGAUCAGCUUCAAGCUCACGAUAAAAUGGACACUCCUGCUGUGAAUGAUUUCCAAUCAUCAGCGAUUGCGCAUGAAAUGUCUGAAGAGAUCGAGAGUGGGAGGACUCGAUUCACACAGGCUUAUCGGGUGGCUACAAAACGCUCAGCUCGACAAGCAGAUACUUCGGAAAGCACCGAUAGUGGCGCGACUGUCAUGCAGAAGGUAUUUGAGACGAAAGAAGGUGCAAUUGAGGCUCAUGAGAAUACGACCACAUCUGCUGGAGGCAUCAUGGAUGAUUUGGCGGAACUUAAUGGGUAUUAUCUCAAGUCCUGA